CCAGACCCAUAAACAACUACAGAGAAGAUCAUCGAUCGGUUAAGGGGAAAAAAAGGCUAAAAUGGGAAAAGGAGUGAGCUUUUUGCUUCUAGCACUUGUUCUCUGCUAUGGGGUCACAGUGGCAAUGGGUUACAGAGGCGAGAAACAAUGGAGGAAAGAAAGAGAAAGGAGGGAAGAGGAGAUGGAACCUGAAGAAGAAGAAGAAAGUGAAAGUAGAAAGAGUUGGUUCUUGAUGCCAAAAUCAAGGCCCGUGAUGACAACUGAUGCUGGAGAAAUGAGGCUGGUGAGAAGCCCUGGAGGGAGGAUCGUUGAUAAACCGUUGCACAUGGGAUUCAUUACAAUGGAGCCUCAGUCCCUUUUCAUCCCCCAGUAUCUUGAUUCCAGUUUGAUCCUUUUCGUUCGUACAGGGGAAGCCAGGGUUGGGUGCAUUUACAAAGAUGAGAUGGUGGAGAGACGAUUGAAGAUAGGGGAUGUGUAUCAUAUACCUGCUGGGUCAACAUUUUACAUUUUGAACCCAGGUGAGGGGCAGAGGCUUCACAUCAUCUGCAGCAUUGAUCCCUCAGAGAGUUUGAAUUUGGAUACUUUCCAGUCUUUCUUCAUUGGCGGAGGAACCCAUCCAACAUCUGUCCUUGCUGGUUUUGGUCCUGAAACUCUUUCUACAGCCUUCAAUGUGUCGAUGUCGAAAUUGGAGGAAAUAAUGAGAGGGCAACAAGAGGGUCCAAUUGUGCAUGUGACCAAGUUUCAUGCACCAAGCAUUUGGACAAAGUUGUCUCAACUUCAAGAGCAAGAUAGGCUAAAGCAGGUGAAGAGAAUGAUCCAGGGAGAAGCUGAUGAAGAAGAGAAAGAGUGGUCAUGGUGGAAACUGUUUGGUAUGUUUUCUGGGAAUGAAAGAAGAGUUUUCGGGGAUAAAGCCCCCGACUCAUACAACAUCUACAAGAGAAAAGCCGAUUUCAAGAACGACUAUGGAUGGAGUGUUGCAGUGGAUGGAUCCGUUUAUAAACCUUUCAAACACUCUGGCACCGGCGUUUUCCUUGUCAAUCUCACUGCGGGAUCAAUGAUGGCUCCACAUGUGAAUCCCAGAGCAACUGAAUACGGCAUUGUGUUAAGGGGAACAGGUAGAAUCCAGAUUGUGUAUCCAAAUGGAACAUUAGCCAUGGAUGCGAGGGUAAGAGAAGGGGAUAUGUUUUGGGUACCAAGGUACUUCGCAUUCUGUCAAAUAGCAUCACGAUCAAGCCCUUUCGAGUUCUUUGGGUUCACAACAACAUCAGACAAGAACCGGCCUCAGUUCCUAGUGGGUGCAAACUCCCUGCUGCACACCUUCAACACCCCAGAGCUGGCGGCUGCAUUUGGUGUGACGGAGGAGAGGAUGAGGCGUUUCAUCAAUGCACAAAAGGAAGCAGUUAUCCUGCCAUCAGCAUCAGCAGCACCGCCUGACGAGGAUUUGAAGGAGAGGGAAGAGAAAUCUGAGGAUGGAGGCCCAAAGGUGAUAAGGAACUUUGGGGAUCAAAUGAUUAUGGGUUUUGAUUAAAUGAAUUGAGUUGUUGGGUUUGGGGUGUGAAUGGGAAUGGGAAUGUAGUAGGGUUAUUGCAGGCUAGGAAGCUUCUUGUUUUCCAGUGUUAGGUUUUUGAGCUUUUGCUUGUUUUAAUGUUUUAUUUUCAACCUUUUCUUCUUCUUCUUCUUCUUCUUCUCUUUUCAUGGAAUAAAAUCAAUAACCAUGUUCAUCCUUU